AUGACUUCUCUCAUCAUAAGCGAGUUGGGUAGAAAGUGUUUAACAGGCUUGCUUGAUCGGGCCCGCUCAGUUGAGCGCCGGUCACGCUCCCCGAGGUUAGGGCGUGACAACAUCUUAAAGCAAUUAUCAGUGAACAUUUCAUUUGUGGAAGCAUUCCAAGAAAUUCCCAGUUUUGCUAAAUACUUGAAGGAUUUGAUCAUGAAAAAUAAGACCAUCAAUAAUGAAAUGGUUAGUGUCACCAACCGAAUUGGCUCCAUCAUUUCAACAACCGCCAUGCAAAAGAAAGAGGAUCUGGGGGCUUUCACCAUUCCAUGCACUAUUGGAUUGCGUGACUUUGCACGAGCUCUUUCUGAUAAUGGGGCUAGCAACAACUUAAUGCCUCUUUCUAUCUACAAGCAAGCGGGAUUGGGAAUGCCUAGGCCUACGAGUAUGAGGUUUCAAAUGGCCGAUCGCUUAGUGAAGCGACCGGCAGGGAUAAUGGAUGAUGUGCUUGUGAAAGUGGGGAAGUUUUUCCUCCCUAUCGGCUUUAUUAUUCUUGAUUGUGCAGCUGAUAAAGAGAUCCAUAUCAUCUUAGGGAGACCAUUCCUUGCAACCGGGAGAGCCCUCAUGGAUUCGAAAAGAAAUGAGAUAAAAUUCCGGGUUAAUAACGAAGAAGUUACCUUUCAAGCAAGUAAGGGUAUGAAAUUGCCAAAUACAUACAAGAGUAUCUCAGUACUUGAUGUUGUUGAUAUGGUAGAAGAUGCCGUUGAGGUAAAGAUGGAAAAGGAAUUCCUUGAUAAGGCAUUGGCAGCGAUGUUGAUGAAUUUUGGUGGUGAGGACAUAGAAGGAUAUAUGAAGACAGUGAAUGCAUUGGAAGGGUUUGGUUCCUACACUUAUGCACCAAAGAAGCUUUCCCUUGACUUGGAGAAUAGAGCCACUCCUCUCACCAAGCCUUCAAUCAUUGAGCCGCCACAACUUGAACUCAAGCCACUACCAUCACACAUAAUGUAUAAAUUCCUUGGCUCUAACGAAACUCUACCCGUAAUUGUUUCUUCUUUGUUAAAUGAUGUGCAGGUUGAGAAAUUAUUGGAGACAUUGAGGUAG